GGUCGCCAUCUAAGACUCAGGCACUUGAGGCUGAUGAGAGUGAAGUAGGAAGGGACUAGGGGUCGGGCAGUGAGUCUAGCCCUUGCCGUCGCAUCCUCCUCCAAGAUGCCGGACAUGCCGCCUCCUUCCGGUCGCUUUGACGUAGGGCAGAGCGACUGCUUCUGGAGGAAGGAAGGCAGAGCCAUGGUCCUCCGCGUUUUCUACCCCAUCGACAAGGUGCAGGCAAGCAGCAGCUCCAGCCUACCCUCCUCCCCCAGCACGGCGGGAUGGUCUUCUUCUGCCUCUCCUCAAACGGCACAUGCCUCCCUCGCACGGAACUUCUUCACCCUCAAGUGGACAGGAGGAGAGGAGGAGAGGAGGAGGGCGGAGUGGCUACCGGAGACGUACGGCGCACCAUGUCCGAGUUAUGCGGAGGGGUACGGGAUCACCAUGUACAAUCUCAUGCCCUGGAUGCCUCCGGAGAUCUGCAAGACCAUCGGCAAGAUCGGGCUGGGCCUGCUCUUCUCAGGUGUGAGGAUUCCGACGUUCGCCGACGAGCCUCCGACGGCAGCGCUGGAAACGUUUGUUCCCAUCAUCUACUCCCACGGGCUAGGAGGGAACAGGAGCUGCUACUCGUCUGUCUGCAUCGAUCUUGCUUCCCAUGGCUACGUCGUGUUUGCGCUGGAGCACUCGGACGGAUCCGCCAGCCUCAAUGUUCUCCCUGACAAGACUGUAACGGAGUACAAGCACGCUCCGAGAAAAGCUUUUUUGCCAUCCCCCAACCGCAUCAAGAAAGGAUUCACGGCGAGUCUAGUCCCUGAGGAACAGCGGCAGCCAGUGUCACAGUACGAGUUCAGGCAUCAGCAGCUGGAGCAGCGGGUGGAGGAGGUUCGAUUUAUCGCAGAUGUCAUCCAGGCCAUCAGUGAAGGGAAGUUUGAGGGAGAGGAGUGGAUGUCUAAUGUGAUCAAGAAUGGAAAUGUCUUUGCAAAUAAGAUCGACAUGUCAAGGUUGGGCGGUAUGGGACAUUCUUUCGGAGCAUGCACUAUCCUCAAGACGAGCUUCGUGGACUCACGUUUCAAGGCCUGUGUCCUGCAUGACUCCUGGCUGUUCCCACUCGACGAGAAGACUGCACAUUCGGCGUUGACCUGCCCGACUUUGUUUCUCAACAGCUCGACCUUCGACAACAUCUGGCCCACUGAAGGUGCCAAAGUGCAGAAGUCAUUCGUGGAGGCAGCCAAGGAGUCAGGAGGAGAAGUUUAUGUGAUGCACUUGAUCGGAACGAAGCAUGCGAGCUUUGCUGACUUCCCCGUCCUUUUCUCCGAUUUCUUCCUGAACUUGGGAGUCAUCGGCCCAACAGACCCCAAGAAGGCGAUGAGAGCAGUGCAUGCAUGCGACGUCUCUUUCUUCAACUCCUACCUGCAUGUCGAAGACUCAGACCGUCUUGAGAAGACGAACGAGUCCCUGUGGGCAAGCUUGUUUGUUGGGAUCAGCAAGGAGGGCGAGAACACAGACACGUCCCAAUGGCGUCCUCCUCCUGACUUCGAAGACCUUGUGGUUCCAGACUUCACGGUGAUAAACACGGAGCGAGGAAAGAUCAAGAUAGGAUGCUUUACCAACGAUCCGAGAUCACUUCACAUGGAGAAGUUGAGUUUGUCAGAGACGUCAUAACGAACUUUUUUAAGUUUUCUUCUCAUUCAAGUUUUCUUCUCAUUC